AUGGAUGAACUAUCGGAUAGCGAAAUGCUCGACGAGAUUGCACCUGAGUGUCUCCCGUGGAUUGAUGUUCGGUCGGAUCCGACCACUCAUCCGCUGAGCGUGGCCGCUUGCAUCGUUCUUUACUCAUUCGUUUUCGUUCUUGGUCUUGUCGGGAAUCUCGGAGUGAUUGUCGCUACUUUGCGAUAUCGAAGCUUGCAAACCGUGCAGAAUAUCUUUAUCGUCAAUUUGGCCGUUGCGGAUGUGAUUUUGUGCAUUCUGUCAAUCCCAUUGACUCCAGUGACGCAUAUUUUCAAGCAAUGGUAUUUCGGUGAAGUUUUGUGCAAAAUUUUCGGCGCAAUGCAAGCGAUUGGCGUUUUUAUUGGCACGUUUUUCCUGUGCGCUAUUGCUGUCGAUCGAUACUUUCGUCUAGUCGGUGCACCGGGUAGACCAUUGCGUAAACAGGAUGCCCUACGGAUUACGGUAUCUCUUUGGUGGUGGUCGACUGGUUGCACGAUACCGUAUGCUUAUCAUAUGAGUCUACACUCGUACGAUCGAAUUUGUGGUCAAUUCUGUACGGAGAAAUGGUCAUCAGAGACGAUUCGGAUUUACUAUACGAUUUUUGUGCUCGUUAUUCAAUUCAUCGUCCCAUUCACUAUUAUGACAAUUUGCUAUCAUUCAAUAUUUGCCUUUCUUCGGCGUCGAGCAGCUAAUCGUUUAACAUCAAUCGGUCAACAAGCCAAUUUACUCUAUGUUCUUGCAGCGACAGCUGGUGGAGACUCGCAACAACAUAAAGAACAACUAUCCCAUUUGAUCGAUCAGAAGAAACGGGUGAUCGCGCAGAAGAGACGCGUCACCAUCAUUCUUGUUUCAAUGGUGGCCAUCUUCGGCGUGACCUCACUUCCCCAUAAUGUUGUCUCAAUGUUGCUCGAGCAUGAUCAAACGAUUCUCACCGUUGGUGACACCGAUUAUCAAUACAUUGCAUCAAUGGUCACACAUUUUUUGGCAAUGUUAUCCUGUGUGGCAAAUCCCCUUCUCUAUGCUUUUCUCAACCCGGAAUUCCGCGAGUUGAUCGUUUCGAGUCUACGAUGGACUCCCUACGUGGUUGUGAGUCGUUCGUGGCAACCCACACAGACAAGCAUACUC